CGCGAAACAAACCUCAGGAACCGGACCAGCGCAUUAGGCAAGGGGAGGAAACACGUGAAUCUGAUUCUCGGCCUCUUUUCUGACGCUUUUUGCGCACUCAGGCACCAUCAAUCACGACCCGCAACGUUUGCGACGCGUCUGCCGCUCGCCGGCUCUUCUGAGCUUCAACACCUUUCGCAUACAUCUCGUCGGGCACCCCAGCAGUCAUGUUCACCACAACUGGAAAAACGGCGCCGCCACAGGCGUUCAUGUCUAGCUAUGCGCCGCGACUCCGAUCCCACGGCAAUUCGCUCAUGUCUCCAAUUGUGCCGGCCGCGAACACCCUCCCUGCGCCGCGCGUGACGAAACGUGGAACUGCCGUGCUCAGCUACGCCGAGGACGCCUAUGACGAUGACGAUUUCGAGGACAGCGACCGCCCAAGGCGCGCAACCGGCCUGCGCAGCUUGCAAAGGGACGCUGCCACGAAUCUGGACCAGACGGCGCACAUAGCAGCGCUCGGCCAGGAGCUCACAGCACCUGUCGAGCUUCAAGGCAUCUGGAGAGAUUGGAUGGGAAGGCCUAAGCGGACUUUGACGGAGAGGCAAGUACAGGUGCAGUCUGCACUCCCUGUGACCCUUAUCCCCAUCAGAAUCGACAUGGACGUCCAGCCGUUUCGACCAGAGGCGCCGCUGCCCACUCCCUCGAAUGCGCGCGACUUCGGCAUCAACGAGAGCCUGCCAGCAUACAAGCAGCCAGACGUCACGCCAGCGUACCGAUUGAAAGACUCGUUCUUGUGGAACCUCCACGAGGCUCUGAUGACGCCAGAUCAAUUUGCGAAGCAGUUCGUAGACGAGCUCGAUUUGCCUGCAGACCGCAAGCCCCAGAUCAUCUACAAUAUUGCAGGUCAGAUACGGCAGCAGCUAGAGGAGUAUGCUGGAGUGGCACUGCAUCCUCUCUUUCACUCGACUGCUGCGCCAUCUAUUCAGGGUGCUGCGGCGAAGCCAACGCUGCUUCCUGGCACUCGGGACGGGAUUUCUACCCCAGCUCUGGCUCCCACCAACGGUGCUUCGACACCCCUGACAAAUGGUGCGAAUACACCUGCACCUGUAGCCAUACCGAACGGCAUCUCGGCGUCCGCAACAGCAUUGCCAUCUGAAGAGCUCCACAACCCAGAUGACACCUAUCGCUGCAUAGUCACACUGAACAUCAACCUGAUGAACCGCCUGUACACCGAUAAAUUCGAGUGGUCACUGUUGCAUCCCCCAGGUUUCGCUGAGAUGUUCGCGCAAGUCACAUGUGCUGACCUUGGCCUGUCAGGUGAGUGGGUAUCUUCGAUGACCCACGCCGUCUAUGAGGCUGUAUUGAGGCUCAAAAAAGAAGCGUGCGAAAACGGCGGACUUGUCGGCGACGGUGAGAUCGACAACGAUGCCGUUGAGCCUUCAAUAGGUGCGGGUUGGAGGUAUGACCACGAGCAUCUGUGCGACGAGUGGGAGCCCAAGGUCGAGAUGCUGUCGCAGGAAGAGAUUGAGAAGCGCGAGGGUGAUCGUGAGAGGCAAAUUAGGAGACUGCGAAGAGAAACAGCCCGCUUCUCUUCGACAGCAAACAUGUCAGGCACGCCACAGAACGAGUUCUUCAGCAACAUUGAGCAGCAAGAGAACAUGGGUCGUGGCGAGCGAAGCAAGAAGAAGAGAAGGUUCAGGAGCUUGAGUCCUGUUGGGCGAGACACGCCUGGCGCAGGAUCCGGCUAUGGAGGGGAGGGCGGUGGUCUUCAGGAAGGAGAGCGACAGACAUGGCGAUGCGCACAUUGCUACGUCUGGGGUACCGCCGUUUGGGCUGUACGAGACGGGCCACGAGGCCCACGCACCCUCUGUCACAAUUGUGGCUACCUGUACGAACGGGACAAGAAACUCCCGCCGUGGUCAGAAAAUCUGUUCUUCAACGACCGCCCGUAUCACGAAGCUUCGCAGUACCGGCCGCAACGGUAGAAGUCUUGUCAACCGAGCCAUCAUUGAAGUUUUGUG